AUGGGCACCGAACUUACGUACUCAUCAAUCUGUAUCCAGUCAGGGCUGAUCCCAAAAGCCAUUGAGACCGGCAAACACUGUACUAAUAUUCUGAGUGAAGUUGGGCAUUUUCUUCAGGCUCGCAUCAAAGCCAUUGUUGUAUCAUUGAAUGCCACUGGCCGCAAUCUCUUACCCCGAGGUUUGGCAGAGAUCCAACAGCGCUUUUGUACUGUACGUCACCCUGGCCAUCAUAUCUCACUGAGACUAAGCUCAUCGAAGUUGACUCUCGGCAUCGGAUCAUCUGCCAAUGGAGCACUCGCAGGUGAUUCUCCUUCACCUUUUCACUCUCAAUUCAACGCAAAUCGCUGUACCGAGUCCUCAAAUAUGGCAUUCCGACAAAAAGUCGAGGCGACCAUCAAGUCCUUCUUCGAGGCAUACACAGACGGCGAAAAGCAUAAUGACGCCUCAAUCAUCAACCGCGAGGUCAGCCCAGACUGCACCCGCCAACUGCUCCCCCGUUCCAUGACCAAAGCGUUUGGCAUACCGGGCGAUUUCAUCCUCGACAACGCAGCCUACCAAACACAGUUCGCCAAGGACUGUCGGAUUGGAAGUCCAAUUCGACCGCGGCAUACAGCCGACUGCGCAGGGGCCAAUUGGGGGCCCUAUUUACGAUUAUCAUAG